GCUUCGCGGACUAAGGGGCCCCUCGAGCCCCAGGCUCGCCCGGGGAGGCCCAGCCCCUCGGCCGCCGCCGCCGCCGCCCGGAAGCGGGCCCUGCUGGCGGCCAACGAGGAGGAGGACCGCGAGAUCCGGAAGCUGGAGCGCUGCCUCGGCCUGAACAAGCGCAAGAAGAAGGGCGACGGCAGCUCCGUGCCGCUGAGCUUCACGCGCGACGGGCUGGACUACAUCUUGGGGGCCCUGGAGCCCGGGGCGGGCGGCAGCGGCCUGUACGAGAGCAGCGGGGAGGAGGAGCAGGACGGGGAGGACGACGACGAGGACGAAACGCUCCCCGAGAGCGAGGGCGACCUCGAUGGCGGCUGCGAGAGCGAGGGGGACGAGGACGAAAAUGUGGAGAACGCCGCCGACGAGGCUGUGGACCCAGAAAGCUGGGAAGAAGUGGGAGGCGGAACGCGGGAGAAGAGGGGGAGGAAGAGAGUCCGCUUUGCAGAAAAUGAAGAUUUGAACCAUGGGAGUUUGGAGAAUGGGGACACCACUGCUCAGGAGUGUCUUGGUGAUCUCAGUGAAAAGUGCAUCCCACCUCAAGGGAGGCCAGCCCUGGAAACUGCGGAUGUCCACAAGAAGGCAGAACUGGAAAGGCUGAAGAAGCAGGUCAAAGGCCUCAUUAACAGGCUGAGUGAGCCCAACAUGGCCUUCGUAAGCGGGCAGAUGGAGGAGCUGUACAUGGCCCACAGCAGGAAGGACGUGAGCGACACACUGACUGCCACCCUCAUGGACGCCUGUGUCACCUCCUCAGCCAUGCCCAGCCGGCUGAUGAUGGAGCACGUCCUCCUGGUCAGCAUUCUCCACCACACGGUCGGAAUCGAGGUGGGUGCAUGCUUCCUGGAGGCUGUGGUGAGGAAGUUCGAUGAAGUCCAUCGGGUUGGUGGUGAGGGGAAGGAGUGCGACAACCUGUUCACCAUCAUCGCCCACUUGUACAACUUCCACGUGGUGCAGUCGCUCCUCAUCUUUGACAUUUUGAAGAAGUUGGUAGGAACUUUCACGGAAAAAGACAUUGAGCUGAUUCUGUUGAUGCUGAAGGAUGUGGGCUUCUCGUUGAGGAAAGACAACGCUUUGUCGCUUAAAGAGCUGAUCGCCGAGGCCCAGGCCAAAGCCAGCGCCACGGGCAGCAAGUUUCAGGACCAGACCAGGAUUCGGUUCAUGCUGGAGACGAUGCUGGCCUUGAAGAACAACGACAUGCGCAAGAUCCCUGGCUAUGACCCUGAGCCCGUGGAAAGGCUGAGGAAACUGCAGAGAGCCCUGGUGCGCAAUGCUGGCUCUGGCUCCGAGACUCAGCUCCGUGUCUCCUGGGAUGGCAUCCUGAAUGCCGAGCAGAUGGGUCGUUGGUGGAUCGUGGGGUCCGCAUGGAGUGGUGCCCCAAUGAUUGACAACAGUCAUCGCACGAUGCCACAGAAGCCACUGGGGACGGUGAGUGCAAAGAUGCUGGAGCUUGCCCGGAAGCAGAGGAUGAACACUGACAUCAGGAGGAACAUAUUCUGCACCGUGAUGAGCAGCGAGGAUUUUCUGGAUGCCUUUGAGAAGCUGCUCAAGCUUGGGCUGAGGGACCAGCAGGAGCGAGAGAUCGUCCACGUGCUCAUGGACUGCUGCCUGCAGGAGAAAACCUACAACCCCUUCUACGCCUUCUUGUCCAGCAAGUUGUGCGGAUAUGAGCGGCGAUUUCAGAUGACCUUCCAGUUCAGCAUAUGGGACAAAUUUCGGGACUUAGAAAACUUGCCGGACACCAAAUUCUUAAAUUUGGUUCACUUGGUGGCACACUUGUUGAAGACAAAGUCACUUCCACUUUCCAUUCUAAAGGUGGUUGAGUUCAGCGAGUUGGACAAGCCCCGAGUGCACUUUCUACGCAGAGUGUUAACCAUGCUGCUAAUGGAAGCGGAAGCUGAAGACGUGAGUUUAAUGUUUUCAAGGGUGUCCAGCAACCCGAAGCUGGGUGUCCUGAGGGAGGGCCUGAAGCUCUUCAUCAGCCACUUCCUCCUGAGGCCCACACAGGCCCUGCGGAGCCCUGACAAGGCCAGUGCACUGAGGGAGAGGGCGGAGCUCGCCUCCAGGGCCCUGCAGGGCCGGGCCGCACCGCGGAUGUAGCAGAACCCGAGAGGCGCACUGCCUGCUAGCCUGGCGCUCCGCAGAUGUGAUUAAGUCUCGCAGAUUAUUUGCGGGAACAGCCACCCACCCCUGCAAGGAAGAGGUCAUGGGGCAGCACCAUCCUCCGGGUGCCGAGUGCACCGUGGCAUGGCUCCUGGGUGCCCACGUGCACCCUGCGCACUGCGUCCCAUGCUUGUCUGCCCCUGCCUGAGGCCUGAGCCUGCGUGUUCAUGGGCAGCGUGGAAGACCGGCCUCAGCAACACAGGGGGCCGGGCCCUCCCCAGCUGACUGCU